CCAUUGUAUAAACAUAACAGAGAAAAAACAAUGUAUCAACGCGCAAACGCCUCUUAUCGCUCGUAUUUAUACAUGUCUAGGUGAAAUUGUGUGUGUUGACGCUCUCGUGGCAACCACAACGGUUGGGGCUAUUAUAUAGUAUAUUAGAAUUGGAGCUUCUGACUCCAGUUCUCAUUUUGCUUUCGUCUACUGACAACGUCGCGUAAAUCGUGUUCCUAUUGCGUCGUUAUUUGUCGGUAACGUCGGUGCAGUUGAUUUUCUUUUGUCCAGUCGGUUGUCAGACGCACAUUCGCUUUGCAUCUUAAUUUAAAAUCUGUUUUUAUGUAAAAUUUAUAUAUUGCUUGAAUAUACAUUUGUAUACACAAUUGCUUAAUCAAAAGUUCGGCUACGUAAAUGCAAGUAAAUACAUAACAUCCGCUAAGCAGUGAUAUUAGUUAAUAUGUGCUAUGGGAAGUCACCGCCCACACAAAUUAUUUUCAAUAGUACACCCACCAUGCAAAGGCUAAUCAAUUUUAUUGUGCAGUUUUAAAAAGUGCUUGCUACGAUUUUGCUAUUUUUCGUUGGGUGAAGUUACGAAUUUUGCCGUGAUUCAAUUUGAAACUUUGGACGUGACGUUUGUGUAAUAUAAUAUUUGUAUCUGAAGCGUGAUUUUUAAAUAAUACUGAAUAAUUUUGAUGUGCAUGGGUUUAAAAGUAAAGUUGUUUCGCUUUAUUUACUUGUAAAUUAACACUAAAAAAUCGGUUGUGACAACAUUGCCUUCACAUUGAAACGGAUUUGCUGUUUGCGAGCGUACCGAGGACGUAUGUGCGACAGCGGAAGUGCAGGCUCUUUCAAGUGGGCAUACGUGUGUCCGUGCGCCUAAGCGUCUCGAGUGUUUGUUCCACACACAUUUUGUUUGGUGGCCACACACUUGCAACCGACCCACCACCAUAACCACCAAUAUUAAACAAACGACCUACAAUACUGACGUGGGAGUGCAAUAAGCGCCAAUCUCGAUUCCUCAUAAAUAUUUGCAUUUAAAUCAAAUUGAAUUUUACUGCACGCAUUGGAAAAAAAGCUAAAACAUGGAUUUGAAGUUCGUCAAUGUCAUUAUAUUGGGCUUCGGCUUUAUGUUCGUAUUCACGGCCUUCCAAACUAUGGGUAACAUUGAGAAAACUAUUCUGGACAGUAUUGCGAAGGAGGACAACAAUUUUACCGGCGAUGGCUAUACCAGUUUGGCGAUAAUUUAUACGACAUUUUCGCUAUGCAAUUGGCUAGCGCCGUCCUUCAUCUCAUUCACAGGGCCACGGGUGGCCAUGUUGGUGGGCUCGCUCACCUAUACGCUUUUCAUGCUCGUCUUUCUGUUUCCCUCCAAUUGGCUGCUCUACCUGUCGAGUGGCAUUUUGGGUGCCGGUGCCGCCAUCACUUGGACCGGUCAGGGUAACUUCUUGGCACGUUGCAGUGAUCUCUCGACGAUAUCACGCAAUUCGGGCGUCUUCUGGGCGCUACUGCAGUGCAGCAUGUUUUUCGGCAACAUCUUCGUCUACUUCCAAUUCCAAGAUAAGGAACAUAUUGACGCGGCCACACGCAGCAUGGUCAUUGGUGUGCUGACGGCUUUAGCUGUACUAGGUAUAGUAUUCCUGGCGGCAUUGCGUCCCAUGGAGGACAACUCGGUGGGCACGUCUGAAAUGCAGCGCCAGCAACAACAACAUCGUACUGGUUGGGGUAGCGCAGUGUAUGCGCUCAAGUCGGCUGGACAACUUUUCAUCACCCGAGAUAUGCUAUUACUUAGCGUAGCUUUUCUCUACACCGGCAUGGAAUUGUCAUUCUUUAGCGGCGUUUAUGGACCCUCCAUUGGUUUCACGAAGAAGAUACACAACACACCAAAGGAAAUAGUCGGCUUGGCUGGCAUUUGUAUAGGCGCUGGUGAGGUAUUCGGUGGUGGUCUCUUCGGCAUACUCGGCAAGAAGACAACACGCUUUGGUCGCGAUCCCAUCGUUAUUGCCGGCUAUGUCAUACAUAUGAUUGCAUUCUUUCUGAUAUUCCUCAAUUUGCCCGACAAUGCGCCCUUCAAGGAUACCGAAGACAUCUCGUAUAUGGAUCCGCCACGUGCUUGGAUUGCUCUGUUAUGCGCUUUCAUGUUGGGCCUGGGCGAUGCCUGCAUGAAUACACAGAUCUACUCGAUGUUGGGUGGUGUGUAUGUGAAAAAUUCCGUGGGCGCCUUCGCGCUCUUCAAAUUCACGCAGUCAAUUGCUGCGGCCAUAAGCUUCUACUACUCCUCACACCUCGGCUUGCGCGCUCAAUUGGGUAUAUUGGUUGUUUUCGGCACAAUAGGCACAGCCUGCUUCUGCAUCGUGGAAUGGGCGGUGAAGCGACGACAACGAGAAUCUCCGGAAGACUCCAGAACUGUCUCGCAAGACUCGCGUUCCGUUUCAUAUGAUCAAUAAAAUAAGUUCUUCAACUCCUAUAGCGCCCCGUAAAGCUCAACUGUAUGUGGCAUAUGCGACCUGAUCUGACAACAACAACAAUUAUGAAGCUUAUGAACAGAAGCAGAAAAGUUAAAUAUAUUCAUAUA